UUCAUCUCUGACGGCCAUGGCAGAAGAAGGAGUCACCGUUUCUCAUGGAAUCUCAUGCCCAGCACGGCACUUGUUGCAUUUUGGGAAAAAGGGUCUAGAAAAGUGCACAGAAAUCCAUAACUUGUUUGCCUUGCCAGGACCUGGAUUCCAGGAACUUAAACUGGACACAAGUAGAAACACUGGAUUUGUAGGCAGUGACGAGGAUUUAGGAGAGCCCCUGUUCCGAAUCCUUUUGGAUGUGAUUCAGUUCAAACCCGAAGACAUUCUCAUCCAAGUGUUUGAGGGGUGGCUGAUGGUCAGAGGGCAACACGGUGCACGGAUGGAUGAGCACGGCUUUGUGUCACGAAGCUUCACCAGACAGUAUCAGCUGCCUGAUCUUAAAAUGCAGGCAGGAGACCUGACAGCCAUGCUGUGUCAUGAUGGUAUACUGGUGGUGGAAACCAAAGAAAGAUGGUGGACAGCAUCUGAUUAACUCUUGGUAAAACUUGACCACAGUCUUGACCACAUGCAUGGAGGAGGAAAAAUAUGUCAAUUUAUUAUUGCAGUUAUUCUCUGAGUGGUAAAAGGAGAUGAGUGAAAUGUUGAUUGAUUGUGUAGUGUGUGUGCUGAAAUCACUGUGAAUUGUGCCAGGUUGUACAACAGUGUAUUAUUUUGCAUAUAUUUGACAAUUUUAACAACUUAAAUAGUAAAAAAAAUUUAACUCCUCUUUUCCAGUAUGUGCAAAUCAAAUAUGAAACACUGUAGUGUUUACGGUUGAAAGAA